CUAAAAUCCUAGAAAUCCCAAAGUGCUUAUAUAUUUUGCAGACAGCAGAAAAUCCUUAGAUACCACUUGACUUGACAAGAAAAAACCACCAUAGAAGAAGCCAGUGAGAAAAAGAGAGAGCAAAAAGGGAGGCAGAGAGAGGGGGAAAAGAACCAAAAAAACAAAAAAACAAAAGCAAAAACAAAAAGGGUGUGUUUUGUAUGGAGGAAUGAAAGAGUGAUGCAGCUGGCUUGUGCCGAACUCAAAAAACACACACCCCUGAAGGAUUUAUCUUUCCUUUCCUUCUCUUUUCUUUCCCUUUCCCCAUCACCAUGACUUCUUAGCCCAAUCUGAUUCCCUUCUUCUUUUUUCUCGUUUUCUUUUUCUCUUUCUACACAUACACAUACAGCAAUACCUACGUAGAUAUAUGGAUGGAUAUGGAAAGAAGCAUUUAUUUUGAUCGUCCAGGAUCACUAAAUAUAGCCUAAUAAAUGUGGUAAUAGUGUAAAGUCCUCAACUUCCUACCUUUCCUUUGUUUUAUUCUAACAUGUGCAGGUUGGUGGAGGAAUAAGUAGCCAGCAGGCUUUUCUUUCUUGAUCCCGAAUGUUGGCUCAGUGCUCUUUUUCUUCUUCAUUUCCGUCACGGUAUCUCUUUCAUUCUGUAUCUUUGAUUCAUGUGGGCAUAUUAAGUAUAUAUUUCGUGAUGUGGGCUUCUCUUGGAAUGCAUUUUUCCUGAUUUUUAUUGCAAGAUUUUCCUCUGUUUUUGAUUGAUUUAUUGAAUAGGAUACUCUGCUUCUUUUGGUGUGGAUAUUUGUGCAUCUGUGUGUACGAACUGUACAUGCAAUAAUCAUAAACGUGGCUGCGAAAUAGUUAUAGUUUGUUGCGUAGUAGCUGGAAUAAUGUGAGAAAGAAAAUGAACUGUAGUUUUGGAUCUUGAACUUUUUGGUCCCAGUACUAACUUAAGACUGCAAAUUUUAUUUUAUUUUUUUGGUCAUCUGUUGUAGUUCUAUAAUGCUCUUUGCCGUUUGGAUUAAUCUUGUCCAGACUCAGAAGCUUUUAGUUCAUACAAUAUAAUAUCCAUUUUUCUGUGUCUGCUUUCUUUGGCUGCUCUAUCUAUAAUCUGUGUCCAAGGUAACAUGCCUAAAGGCUGGCUUUCUGCUCUGAGCUUGUCUUUUAUUCUUAGUUUUUAUUGUGCGGAAGAAUAAUGUUGGAUUUUUAAAUAAAAGGAAGAGCAUGUCAAUUUUGAUAUAGACUUUGCGAGACUUAGUCAAGUCGUGAUCCUUAAACAUUCUUCAGAACGACUUGGGCAACUGUUGAGCCAGCUGAAAUAUCCCGUUUUGCAUAUUUAAUCUUGCUGCACUUGAAUUUGGAUUUUGACAUUUCAAGUCAAGACUUUAACGGAAAUGAGUUGGCUUUAACCCCGUUGUGGCCAAGAUAUGUUUUUGGCUGUUUCCAGUAUUCAGAGACAGGCAGAUUGAAGUUGAACUGAGACAGUCAGGAAGAUGGCAUUUCAUAGCUUGGAAGUCAUUGCCACACUUUUGGCUAGUCGCUAGAUUCAUUCUAGCAUUAUAGGGGUCUUUUAUUUUUUUUUGGUUUUUUUUUGGUGUUGUGGGGGGGAGGGGGAGCAAUGUAGUGGAUCGUGCUUCUUCUGCUGAAUCUUCUUUAGCAGACAUCGGUCACUCUCUGGAAGUUGGCUAUGUUCUCCUUAGCAUAUGGUUAUUAGAAGCCUGGCAUAUCUUAGAACAACAUGGCUCGGAUUACGACAUCAAAGUUCCUCAGAAGAGUGCACUACUCGUGAGUAUGCAAAAUAAUAAGUGCUGACCGAAGUUUCAGUUAUUAGGGGACAGGAUGUUACCCAGAAGAGGUGAUCAUUAUUUACGUCAGAAGUACAGUCAUGAUGGAUCCCCCAGAGAAGCUCUAAAGCAGAAAAUGCUCAGUCAGGAGUAUACAUUCAAGAAGCAGGUCCAGGAACUUCAUCGGUUGUACCAGAUACAAACGAUUCUGAUGAAGAAUUUGCGGUUGAAAGAGUAUGCAAGCUCCUCUUUUCAAGGAAUCUCACGAAGACCUAUGGAUGCUGAAGUUUCAACCAGUCACCACGUGAAACAUAGUGAUCUACAUUUCCCUAAGAAGGGAGAUGGUUGGGGUACUGCAGAAAAUCCUGUACAAGUAGAUCAGUAUUUUGAUGGUGAGCUAGGAGCUUCUUCAGAAGAAGUUCAGCAAGUUCAGCUUUCCUUGAGCAUCAGUGGGGACACUAUGCAAAAUAAGAGUUGCAAGAAAAUUUGGGAUAAAAAGCUCACUUCGAUAUCCUCCCAAUAUGCAAUUGACUUAGAGGAAUCAGCUCCCAGAGCAUUGAGUAGAGAUAUCCAACCUAAGUCUGCACUCGGCUGUGCUGCUUGCUCUGCUGAUUCUGGAAACCUGCAUGUUUUCCAGAUUAGUUGCAGCUGCCCAAAUGGCCUGAAUAAAUAUCUUGAUGAUGGAAUUAAGAGAACUCAGUCACUUGUAGAUGAGACUAAAAAUUUUCUAGAGCAGAACAACUUAGAUCAAGGGGCUAAAAAAUGGCUUGGAAACGUUCCAAGUAUGGGUAUAUCUUGUGCGACCAACAUUUGUCCUUCCCGUGAAGCUGCAUGCAUAGACCUUAACAAGCCUCUGCUUGAUGAAGCACCUCACUCAGAGGAGUACCUUGUAAUGGAGUGCUCAGCUGGUGCCUCUUCUAGUGUUUCAGAGAGAGUGAGUGGUGAAUGGCACAAAGUCUCGUCACCUGUUGGAACUAGUAGAAAACCAGAGAGUAGGUGCAUUUCUGCUAUGACUAAAGAAGAUACCCUGAAUAUUACAGUGAUGGCUUCCAACAGCGCCGAUAGUAGCACUAUCAUGACUGGAAGUAAAUCACUCUCUGUUGAUCUAGAGUCAUGUUUCAAGUCACCAUCUGACCAAAGUGAUGUUCAUGACUGCCUCACUGAUAACUUGCAACAUAAAGAUGCAAAAUUUGUGUCAAAUCUUCCCAGAAAAAAUCAUAAAGGCAAAACGAUGAUCGAAGUGGAUGAUAUGAUGGGUGAAGUGGAUGCCAUUUCUCCAAAUUUAUGUAUUAGGGGAGAUAACAUCGAGGAUGAGGACAGAGACAGUUCCCCUGCCUCGUUCAAGUUUGGUUGUAUUGGAACUGAUCCUUCAAGUAGCUUUAAGACUGUGCAAUCUGGGACUCGUGUGGGAAAAUCUGUUUCCUUCCAAAACUCUGAGUCAUCUCAAGAUGAAUCUUCUAUUCACGCUGAAUCAAAAUCUGAAUCCUUUGAUGGGAAAACAGAAGGAUCAGCACGAGAUGAUGCUCUAAUCCAAAAAGGUGCCGUUUCUCUGAUGUACUUUUUGCUGGAAAUAUCGAGUAGAGAGGAGGAUGAUCGUGUUGCUGAGGUUGACAAGAUGAAUGAGAUUGAGAAAGGGAAGACAGAUCAGCCACAGUGUUCUUCAGAUACUUUUGAAUCCAUGGUGCUCAAGCUGCAGGAAAGCAACGUAGAAGACUACUGUGUGUCUUCAAUGCCCAUGGAAGUGAAUGACACAGACAAGAAAGAUUACGGAAUUAGAUUGAGGAGGGGUAGGAGAAUGAAGGACUUCCAGAAGGACAUUCUACCAGGCAUGGCAUCUCUUGCUAGGCAUGAGAUUUGUGAAGAUAUUAGAAUUAUGGAGGGAGUAAUUAGAUCCAGAGAGUAUAAAAAACUUAGAUCCAAGAUGGCCAACACACAGAACUGGUUCACUCCUGUAAGAAGCAGGAGGUCAAGACUCAAUUAUAUAGGUAGAAAAUAUUAUUGAUGAACUUGAUAUUAAUUAGGAUUACCUUUACUGGGUAUAAAAUACAGUCAUUGGUGAACAUAUCUGGUUGCAUUUGUUUUAGAGACCAUAAAUUUAUGUAGAUCAAGAUGACGGACACUGCGUCUUCCACUGUGUAGGCUCAGUUAUAUCAAUUUGAGAUGACGUAAUCACUGCUAGUUUGUUAUUCAGUCCAUGCACUGAUCCAAUGUGCCCAAGGAACAUAUGACUUGAGACAUUCUAAACUUUCUUGACAGAAGGUAGGAGCAUCUUGUGGUUGCGCCU